UCCAGGGCUGGGAAGCGGCAGGGACAGGUCCAGUACCCAGGCCUGGUGCUCUCUGUGGGAGCAAGAUGCCUUUCCCCGGAGAGACGUGGCUCAAUCCCUACCUGGGCACUGCGGUGCUGUGCUGCUUGGUGGUCACCAUCUGGCUGCUGCGCUGGAAGAGGAGAGCAGUGCUCUGGAAGCAGGUGGAAGAAGCCAGGAGGAAGAGAGAGCAGAGGCUGGAGCGGAUGCAGAAGGCUGCCUUGACAUUUAGGGAGCAGAAUCCUGGGGUAGAAGCUGAUCGCAUCCUCUCUCUCCCUCUCGUGGAGCUCUCUGAGGAACUCAGGAACGGGUCUCUUCCUCCAGAACAUGUCCUUUACACCUACCUGGACAAGGCCUUUCAAGUGAACAAGGACAUCAACUGUCUGACUGACUUUCUCCAGGAGUGCGAGUCUCAGCUUCAGGAAGUGAAGAAGCAGGAGAAGAAGGGCUUGUUGUACGGGAUCCCGGUCAGCGUGAAGGAUUCCAUUGAGUGCAAGGGACAUGAUUCCACAAUGGGGUUUCUGAAGAACCUCAAUCGUCCUGCUGCCGAGGACAGCGUGGUGGUCCAGGUCUUGAAGAGACAGGGCGCCAUUCCCUUUGCGAAGAGCAACGUACCUCAGGGCUUGCUGAGCUAUGACUGCAGUAACGUCAUCUUUGGGCCUACAGCGAACCCUCUGAACCACGCCAGAUCACCCGGUGGUUCCAGCGGUGGAGAAGGGGCCCUGAUCGGGAGUGGAGGAUCCAUCCUGGGCAUUGGGACUGAUAUAGGAGGGAGUCUUCGAAUCCCAGCUGCUUUCUGUGGGAUCUGUGCAUUUAAACCCACUGGGUCCAGACUCAGCCAGAAAGGAAUGGUUGCCAUUCUUCGGGGGCAAAAAUCAGCAAUACCAGCAAUCGGGCCCAUGGCACGGGAUGUGGACAGCCUGGCUCUGUUCAUGAGGGCACUCCUGUGUGAUGACUUAUUCCGCCUAGAUUCUUCUGUGCCUCCAAUGCCCUUCAAGGAGGAGGUGUAUGCCAGUUCAAGGCCUCUCCGCAUAGGGUAUCACGAUACAGAUAGUUUAACAUUGGCCACUCCUUCCAUGAGACGUGCAGUUCUGGAGACCAAGAAGCUUCUAGAGGACGCCGGCCAUACGCUGGUGCCUUUCAAACCCCACUUCUCAGAGGACUUUUUCUUUAAUGUUUGCCUAAUGGGAUUGUUUGCAGAUGGAAGUUCCACAUAUGUGGACAACUUCAAAGGGGAGUUGAAGGAACCUUAUGCCAGACAGUUUCUCCUGAUGACCAAGAUGCCUGAUUGGUUUAAAAAACUCAUAUCCUGGAUCACCGGACCAAUAAUACCUCGGUUAUCAAAAAUGUUGGGAAACCUGGUGACCAGGUCUGUGAAGGAAGUCUGGGCACUUCAUAGUGAGAUUGAGGUUACGAAACGCCUGGACACAGGAGGAGGGGUGGAUGUCGUAUACUUAGACUUCAGGAAGGCCUUCGAUACGGGGUAUAAGAGAGAAUUCAUGGCUGACUGGAGGAAGCUGGAUCUGGAUGUGAUGCUGUGUCCCAUGUUUGGCCCUGCUUUUAAGGCUGGAUAUCCUUCAAAAAUCCCAGUGCUUGUGAGCUAUACUGUUCUGCAUAACUUCUUGGACUUCCCUGCCGGGGUCGUGCCCGUCACUACAGUGACUGAAGAGGAUGAGGAAGCACUGAAGAGCUACAAGGGAUACCAUCACGACUGGUAUGACAAGCUGCUUGUGAAGGCUACUUGUGGAGCUGUGGGGCUGCCCUUGGCAGUUCAGUGUGUGGCUUUGCCAUGGGAAGAGGAGCUCUGCCUUCGGUUCAUGAAGGAGGUGGAGAGACUGACCCAACAAAAGCAAAAGCAUCUGUGAACAACGUGCACACCGCAGCGCACAGGAUGAAGAAGGCCACCCUCCUCCUCAGUGCAUCCAUCUGUUUCAACCCGUAGGGGCACAAUGUCUGUCUGGUUAAAUAACUCAAGGAUUGCUUUUGGUUGGUGAGGUAGCGUUUGUCUAUCUGCUCUGUUCCCUGGGUGCUCUCCAGGGACACGCGCUCUGCUAAUAUACUAAUACACACUUG